GACCCCAGCCCGCCGCAGCCAUGGCGGCCCCGGCCGCGCUGCGCCCGCUCCUGCCCCUCGUCCCCGUGGCCGCCGCGCUGGCGCUGGCAGCGGGCGGGGGCACCGCGGGGACAGAGCCGCCCCCGCCGCUCUCCGCCAGCGACAUCGUCCAUCCCAUCAAGGUCGACGAGAGCGGAUCCUUCCUGUCCUACGACUUGUCCCACCGGGCUCUCCAGCGGAGGUCCCCGGCCUCCAGGAGCAAACUUCCCGCCUUCUAUGAGCUGCAGUACCGAGGGCAACCCCUGAAAUUCAACCUGAGCCUCAACAGGCACCUCCUGGCUCCGGGGUUUGUCAGCGAGAGGCGCUUCGGGGGCAUCGCCGGUGCCAAGAUCCAGCCCCACUCGUACAACUCCUGCCACAUGAUCGGGGAGGUGCGGGGCCGGGCGCUGCAGCCGGGGCUGGCUGCCCUCAGCACCUGCGAUGGCCUGAAAGGCGUGUUCCAGCUGAUGAACGAGGACUAUUUCAUCGAGCCCGUGUCCAGCAGCCCUCGGGAGGAGGGGGCAGCACAGCCCCACAGGAUCUACAAGCGCCAGGUGCCCAAGGACAGGGCGGAGCAGGGCAGCAGAGCCCCGGCCCCGCGGGAAUCCUGCGGCGUGCGAGAGUCUCGGGAAAGCCUGGAGCGGUCUGAGCGGCGCAGGGAGAGGUGGGAGCAGAGGCAGCGCAGGAGGAGAAGGAUCAAGCGGCGCUCCAUCAGCAGGGAGAAGUGGGUGGAGACGCUGGUGGUGGCAGACACCAAGAUGGUGGAGUUCCACGGCAGUGCCAACAUCGAGAAGUACGUGCUGACCGUCAUGAACAUGGUGGCCGGGCUGUUCCACCACGCCAGCAUCGGGAACCCCAUCAACAUCGCCAUAGUGCGGCUCAUCCUGCUGGAGCACGAGGAGGAGGACCUGAAGAUCUCCCACCACGCAGACAACACCUUGAAAAGCUUCUGCAAGUGGCAGAAGAGCAUCAACGUGAAGGGAGACUCGCACCCCCUGCAUCACGACGUCGCUGUCCUGCUCACCAGGAAGGACAUCUGUGCAGCCAUGAACAGGCCCUGUGAGACCUUGGGGCUGUCCCACGUGGCCGGGAUGUGCCAACCCCACCGGAGCUGCAACAUCAACGAGGACACGGGGCUGCCCCUCGCCUUCACCGUGGCCCACGAGCUCGGACACAGUUUUGGGAUUCAGCAUGAUGGAAGCAGCAAUGACUGUGAGCCAGUUGGGAAAAGACCUUUCAUCAUGUCUCCACAGCUCCUGUAUGACACGUCCCCUCUCACCUGGUCCCGCUGCAGCCGCGAGUACAUCACACGCUUCCUCGACCGGGGCUGGGGGCUGUGCCUGGAUGAUCCCCCAGCCCGGGAGGUGCUGGACUUUCCCCUGGUGCCCCCGGGUGUCCUGUACGACGUGGGCCACCAGUGCCGGCUGCAGUACGGCCCCUACUCCACCUUCUGCCACGACAUGGACAGUGUCUGCCACACGCUGUGGUGCUCGGUGGGGAACACGUGUCACUCCAAGCUGGACGCGGCUGUGGACGGCACGGCGUGUGGGGAGAGCAAGUGGUGUUUCAACGGCGAGUGCGUUCCCGUGGGAUUCCGGCCCGAGCCCAUCGACGGCGGCUGGAGCUCCUGGAGCUCCUGGGCCUCGUGCUCCCGCAGCUGUGGUGCAGGAGUGCAGAGCGCUGAGAGGCACUGCAGCCACCCCACGCCCAAGUACGGGGGCCGGUACUGCCUGGGGGAGCGGAAGCGGUUCCGGAUCUGCAACGUGCGGCGCUGUCCCCCGGACAAGCCCUCCUUCCGCCAGCUCCAGUGCAGCCAGUUCAACCCCAUGCUCUACAAGGGGAAGCUCUACAAGUGGACACCGGUGCCCAACAGCAUGAACCCCUGCGAGCUGCACUGCCGGCCCGAGCACGAGUACUUCGCGGAGAAGCUGCGGGACGCGGUGGUGGACGGGACACCCUGCUACGACAGCGACGGCAGCCGCGACGUCUGCAUCAACGGCAUCUGCAAGAACGUGGGCUGUGACUACGAGAUCGACUCGCACGCGGUGGAGGAUCGCUGCGGGGUCUGCCACGGGGACGGCUCCACCUGCCACACCGUGCACAAGACCUUCGAGGACAGCGAGGGGCUGGGUUAUGUUGACAUUGGGAUUAUCCCCGUGGGAGCGCGGGAGAUCCGGAUUGAAGAGGUGGCAGAAGCCGGGAAUUUCCUGGCGCUGCGGAGCGAGGACCCGGAGCGGUAUUUCCUGAAUGGUGGCUGGACCAUCCAGUGGAACGGGGACUACAGGGUGGCAGGGACCACCUUCACCUACAAGAGGACAGGGAACUGGGAGAACCUCACCUCUCCAGGGCCGACCGUGGAGCCCGUGUGGAUCCAGCUGCUGUUCCAGGAGACCAACCCCGGGGUGAGGUACCAGUACACGAUCCAGCGCCCGGCCGACAGCGAGAACGAGAUCGAGCAGCCCGAGUUCCUGUGGCGCUUUGGCUCCUGGAGCAGCUGCACGGCCACCUGCGGGACAGGGGUGCAGAGGCAGGCCGUGCACUGUGUGGAGAGGCUGGCAGGCCUGGUGGAGGAGCGGUUCUGCGAUGCCCUCACCCGCCCCGAUGACCAGCAGCGCACCUGCAGCGAGGAGCCCUGCCCGGCCAGGUGGUGGGUGGGCGAGUGGCAGACGUGCUCAGCCACGUGUGGCAGCCCAGGGCUGAUGAAGAGGACGGUGCUGUGCAUCCAGAGCGUGGGGCUGGACGAGCAGAGGGCCCUGCAGCCAGAGGACUGCCAGCACCUGGCCAGGCCGGAUGCCACCAUGCCCUGUCACCCACAGGUGCCCUGUCCCUCCCCGUGGGCUGUGGGCAACUGGUCUGAGUGCUCGGUGACCUGCGGGAACGGGACCCAGAGCCGCCCUGUCCACUGCAGCAACAGCUCGGGGACCGCCUGUGACCCUGCCCAGAGACCCAGCCCGCACAGGGGCUGCUCCCUGCCACAGUGCCACACGAAAUGGGACAGUGCCAACGCAGACUGGUCUGGCAGCGGCUCCUCCAGCAGGGAGAUAUUUAACGAAAUCCAUUACGUCCCCAGCAGCCGCAUUCCUAAAUUUAACCCCUUAAUCCCAAGCAUCCCCGAGUCCAACGAUGUCAAUGUGAUCACCGAGGAGGACUUCUCAGCCAGGAAAGGAAAUGUCUUUGUUGACGAUUUUUACUACGAUUACAACUUCAUCAACUUCCAUGAGGAUCUGUCUUACUAUCCCUUCACGGAGAAGGAGAGCAAAGGCGAGGAGCCAAAGCCCGAGCAGGGCAGGGAUGGCACGGAGGGGCCCUGGGAGCUGCCCACCGAGGGGCUGCUCACCCCCGAGCCGGGAGGAGAGAGCCAGGAGCCCCCCGGCACAGCGGAGAACACUCCUGUGCAUGAGCGAGAGACACAGCCCGGCCACCCAGCCACCAGGGACCGCCUGAGCGUGAUCCCCGAGGAUGUGGCACCAGCCACCCCCAGAUACAGCACCCCCGGCUUUUGGGAGGAGGAGGAGGAGGAUGCGGUGCUCGUGCCCCGCUCUCAGCACCCCCCGCCCACCCAGAGCUCUGCAAAGCACGGCCACCCUCUCUGGGAUGAGCCCCACGGGGCUGUGCCCACCCGGAGCAGCCUUGGGCAGGAUGGUCCAGCGGGUCCGGAGGUGUCCCCUGGGCCAGGAGCUCCGGACAGCACAGAGGGACAUGGCCCAGCCAGGGCUGCGGGGAGCGGCCACCGGGACCCCUGGGAAAGGGGUCUGGCCACCAGCAGCGACAUCAGAGGUGCAGCCCCGCAGGGCACGGAGCGGCACGGCUGGGCAGGAGUGCCAGGGGGGAUGCUGGACACGCAAUCCCCUGGGAUGCAGAGGGCAGAUCCUGCCUCGCCCACGCCGCUGGGCUGGGGGGUGGCAGGGAGUGCUGGCAGCCCCCACCCUGCCGUGAGACCCCCUCCUGCGGGUGCUGCUGGGGCUCCCGUGCGACACCAGCCAGGGCUGCACGUCCCCACAGCCCCCACCUCAGCGCCCUCGGUGGCCACAACAGCCCCUCCAGUGUCCUUGUCCCCUGCCACACCCGAGCCACCCACCCAGCUCAGCUCCAGCGGCCUCACCCAGCGGGAUGCUCUGCUGCCAGCCCUGCCCGCAGCCCCAGCUCACGCAGCAGGGUCCCCCCUGGAAUGGGGCACACGGGGGGUGUCCCAGCACCUGGACCCACCCCACACCCAGCUGACCUCCCAGGGGACCCUGCCCAGCGUCACUGCUGGGACACCCUCACCAUGGACACCCCCAGGGACAUCACCGAGGGACCCCUCAUCAUCCACAGGGGCAUCACUGAGGAACCCCUCACCAUGGACACCCCCAGGGACAUCACCGAGUGACCCCUCACCAUGGACACCCCCAGGGACAUCACCGAGUGACCCCUCACCAUCCUCAGAGACAUCACCAGGGGACCCCUCACCAUGGACACCCCCAGAGACAUCACCAGGGGACCCCUCAUCAUCCCCAGGGACAUCACUGAGUGACCCCUCACCAUGGACACCCCCAGAGACUUCACCAGGGGACCCCUCAUCAUCCCCAGGGACAUCACUGAGUGACCCCUCACCAUGGACACCCCCAGGGACAUCACUGAGUGACCGCUCACCAUGGACACCCCCAGAGACGUCUGCCUCUGGUGAUGGGGGACACGAAUUGUCCCAGGCCACCCCUUGGCCCCCCCCGCUGUGGGAGAAGAGGCUGGAGGAGGAGGAGGAGGAGGAGGAGGAGGAGGAGGAGGCUCUCCUUCCACCAUCAGCCACCGCAGCAGGCAGUGCCAAGCCCAGCUGGGAGGUCGGGAACUGGAGUGAGUGCUCGGCCACGUGCGGUGUGGGCGCGGUGUGGAGGCCGGUGCGCUGCAGCAGCGGGGCUGAGAGCGGCUGUGCCGCGGCCGACAGACCCGUUCCUGCCCGGAGAUGCUCCCUGAGACCCUGCUCCGCCUGGCGGGUGGGCAACUGGAGCAAGUGCUCCAGGAGCUGCGGCGGGGGCACCAAGGUGCGGGAUGUUCAGUGCAUCGACACCCGGGACCGGCGCCUGCUGCGGCCCUUCCACUGCCAGGCUGCGCUGCCGCAGCCGCCGGCACAGCUGCCGUGCCGGAGUGCACCGUGCCUGGCCUGGUACACAUCCUCCUGGAGAGAGUGCUCGGAGCCCUGUGGUGGCGGGGAGCAGGCGCGCCUGGUGACGUGCCCGGAGCCAGGGCGCUGCGAGGAGACAUCGAGACCCAACAGCACCCGGCCCUGCAACAGCCAGCCCUGCACCACCUGGGUGGUGGGCUCCUGGGGACAGUGCUCGGCUCCGUGCGGAGGGGGCAUCCAGCGGCGGCAGGUGAAGUGCAUGGACACCAGGACAGGGGUGGCUGAGGAGGACAGCAGCCUGUGUGACCACGAGCCCUGGCCAGAGAGCACCCAGAAGUGCAACCCCCAGGACUGCAACAGCUCCGAGCCGGGUGCGCCCUGCGAGCGCGACCGCCUGAGCUUCGCCUUCUGCCGGACUCUGCGGCUGCUGGGCCGCUGCCAGGUGCCCACCGUGCGCGCCCAGUGCUGCCACAGCUGUCCCCAGCCCGGGCUGCUGGCACCCGGCCGCGGCCACCAGCGGCUCUCCCGGAGGUGACGGCGCUGGCCCAGCACGGGGCUCCUCGGGGCCAGCCCCGGCUCCCCAGGCCCUGCUGCUCUCUAAUGGUGCUGAACCACCAGCGGGGCUGGGCUGCGGCUCCCGCUGCUCCCCACGCUCCUGCCGGGACCACCGGGGCAAAGGGGAGCUGAAAGCGGCAGGAAUUUGGGGAAGAGCUCCCAGAAACGCUUAUGGUGCUAUCGUUCGACAUGUGCAGCCUCUCGGAGGUGUUGGCUGGCCAGCACAAACCUUGACUUUUAUUAUUGUUUUUGUAUCUCUGGGGUGAGCAUCCAGCAUUCCACCGGCUCUUUGGGGUAGGGAUUUUUGGGUUUUUUUUUUAUCCUUGAAGGGACUUGAAGCUGGCAACCCAUUCCUGUCAUUUUCAUUGAAAUGUUUACGCACUGAAGCUGAAUAGAUUUAAUUUAAGAAGUGGAGACAGGGCAGAGGAAUAAAGUUUCAGCUUCAGCUGGGGGCGUGCAGGGCUCCUACCCUUUCUCCCCACUGCUGGGAUUUUCUGCCAAAGCCCUUCUGUGUCCCCCUGGAGCAGAGGGCACCACAGGGAUGCUGAGGUUUGGAGUCCACCAGCUGAUUCCCUUGCAGGCAUUUGGGCAGGAGAGGGAAGCUGUGGCACAUCCCCUCCCUGGUGGGCAGCCCAGCGCUCAGCCCCUGCAUUUCUGGAUGUGUAGCACUGUAAUGCUUGGUUAAGGUGUUUUUCUGUGGCCCUACAGGCUGAACCUUUUUUUUUUCCCCGUGCUUAUCUAGAUUCUCCUCUGUUAAGGUUUUUAGCUGAUUUUUAACUAGAAUAUCCGAUUUACUCUGAGGCACAGCCCCUGCUGCCGGCUCCCAGAGCGGUGUGGGAAUGAAUCCCUCCGUCUCAGGGCGGGUUUGCUGGCAGGUUGGUCUCUGGAGGAGGGCAGGAGUGUUUAGGUAGGAAUUCCUCUCCCUGUUCAGGCUGUGGAGGAUGCCCCAAACCUGGGGGACCUUGAAGGGCAAUGCUGGGCAGUCAGGCUGGAGCCCAUCCCGGGCUGCAGAGCUCCAGGUGCAUCCAGGGCUGUCGGGAGCAGCUCCCAGUCCAAGGGGGAAAUUCCUGUGUGUGAUUUGUAUGUAAAACACAAGCCAUGACUUCACCAUUUGUGCUUUAUUCCGUUCCAAGGUGGUGUCAAGUUUUUAUGGUCCAAGAAGCCGUGUCCAGUCCUGGUUUCCUUGUCCCCAGCACCAUCUGUCCCCCACCCUGUCUCCCUCCCAGGACUGCAAAGGGCCAGCCCUUGUGCUGGGCUCUCACGGCUCACGAGUGUGUUAAAUUAAACAGUUACUGAAGGAAACAGGUGGGUUUCACAUUUUCUCUUCCCCGUGGGGAAUGCUGAAGGUUUUCAGUUAAUUGGAGAUGGUUCAGGCGCUGGCAGCAGGAAGGAGCGAUCAGUUUGCACACGAAAAUCAUUCACAGCUGCCGUUUGCAACUGGGAUUUGUUGAUUAAAACAUGAGCCGGGUUGAUGGGGUAAAUCAGCUCUGCAAAUCAAUUUAUUUGUGGCACAGGAUCUGGUGAGCCUCUCCUGCAGGGCCUUUCCACGUGCAGGGUCCCAUCUGUGCCCGGCUGAGGGCACGGGAUAAUCCCUCCUGUGGGACACCAGGCUGCUCCUGGCCACAUAACAAGCCAGGCCUCCCACCAGCACAGAAACUGCUUCAUCAGUGACAA